AUGAGAUACCACCCGGAGGCAUUCAGGAGUCCGGACUGGAACGCAUCAAAAUUCAGGACAAACCCAUGUCGGGUCUUCUGCUUCGGUCUUUCGAGUACCCACCGAAGGGACACAACAGUACGUGGGCCCGACCUUCCAUGCGCUCCCAGGCUCUAUUCUCUCAGGGCCCAUGGGCCAAGGUCAACCAGGGCCUUUAGGGCAGGUCCCGCCAGGUCCUACGGGACAAAGUUAUCCUAUACCGUAGGGUUUUGGAUACGAAGGCAUGAAUGGAGCGGGAGGUUCACAACAUAUUUCCCGACCAUAUGGCAUCCAACCCAUCGAAGGGGCCUACGGAAAUCCUCAGACAGGGCAGCUACAGUUCCAUCAGUAUUAUCCACCGCAACAUAUCGUUCCCCUCUCCGCACCAGGACCUUACGGACCACAGAACUUGGGGCUCUGAUGUAUCAAAAUGCCCUAGAAUUGCAAAUGGUAGGGGGAAGCGUCGAAAACUCACCAUUCAUCGCAUGGAUACAGAACUAUCCUCUCCCAAAAGAUCUAAAAUACCCCUCUCAUCUCGGAACAUACAAAGGGAAAAGUGACCCGGAUGACUUCAUUGAAGCAGUCGAAGGCGUGGCCGAAAUGAAGGUCUGGAAUGUACCGGUUGCGUGUAGGAUGUUCAGGUAUGCGCUCGAAGGGGAUGCCAGAGAAUGGCUAAAAAGCGUGGCGAAAGGGUCCAUCACUAGCUUUGAGGACCUUAAGGAAAAAUUUAGAGCUCGCUUAAGCCAACAGAAGAAACAUAAGAAACUCCAUGUGGCAGCCCAUGGGGUAAAGCAAAGGGAAACAGAGCCUUGCAGGGCAUUCCUCGACAGGGGACUCGUUGAAUUUUUGUAUAGAGACCUCCCGAAAACUUACGAAGCCGUUCAGAAAAGAGGGCACGUAUACCUUGAUGCAAGGGAUACCGCGCUGAAGCCAGACAUUAGCCCGACUCAAGACAAGGAGACUCAGACGAAUAGGAAAGGGAAAUGGAAUAACGACAGAGAAAGGCCAAGAUACGACCCGUACAACAAGGACGAAAAAGGAUAUCUGAAGGUCAACCUACCGGAACUCCAUAAGAGUCCGAAGGAGAUACUCCUCACUGAAAGUGUCGCAAAGACCUUUCCAACACCUCCUAGGUUGAGCGGCAAAAAUAGGAAGGACCCCAAAAAAUACUGUGAGUUUCACAGGGAUUAUGGCCACGACACGAAUGCAUGUUGGCAAUUGAGAAAAACAAUCGAAGAAGCAAUCAACGAAGGAAAGCUGUCACACUUGGUGAAAAGCGUUAGACAACAGCAACAUCCUAAGAAGGAAGAUGACACAGAUGACAAAAAGAAAGUCCCCGACAAAACUAUCUACACUAUCGUGAAGAAAAAGAUUGGAUACUCGUCCCGAAGGCCCAAAAGGGGGAAUGUACCCAGCAUCACCUUCCUACCCAUCUAUAAUGGCAGAAUCUUCAGAGACCCCCUAAUAAUUUCAGCAUUCCUAGAGGUCUCAAAGGUAAAAGAAAUAGUAGUAGAUACCGGGAGUGAGUGCAAUGUCCUGUACGAAGAAGUAUUCUGGAAGCUAAAUCCUUUGUCACGAAUGAACUUCAGAAAGGCAGGGGCUUCGAUUCAAGGGUACUCUGGCGACACAGCCGAACCAUUGGGAAAAUUAUCUAUGCAAACAAUGAUCGGAAAGGGACAUUGGAAACGAAAAGAGAAGAUCACAUUCAUGGUAGUUAGUGGAACUUCACCUUUUCAAGCAAUUCUGGGCAGGCCCGAAAUCCAAAAGUUUGGAAUGAUUCCAUCCAUAAUGCACGGCCUGAUCAAGUACGAAACGAAUGGAAGAAUAGCAACCUUAGAAGGAAAGGCCAAAAAGCUUUCUAACGAAGGCUGA